GAAUUUUACAGACGCUGAUAACAGCGGCCACAGGCGACGCCGGGUGAAGCGCACUCGCCUCACACUGCGCCAUAUUGUCAGGGCCGCUGCGCGUCGAAAGCGCGGCCUUGCGCGGCCCCAGCGGUUACAACAGAUAGUUGUGUGCAUCCACCAGUUUCGUCGGUAGACGCCACCGCCGCGACACAGAAUGGGUAACUCCUGCUCCGGCAAGCCGGCCGCCGUGCCGCGCGACCCCGCGCCACCGGCACGCCGGCGCCGCACGACGAGCCCGCUCGCCGAGGCGCGCCUCAGCGUAGCAGGGCGCCCGAGCGUCGCGACCAAGCGCAUGAGCGACGUCUCCGAGCUCACGGAGAGCGACGUUUCUGAACAGAGCGAGUGGGACGCCUUACUAGCUCAACCGGCCGAGGAGACGGCUGUAAGAGUCGCGAUCCGCAGCCGGCCGCAGAUCGACGGCGAGUCGGCCACGUCCAUCCGAGGCAACCACGUUUCGGUAGGUGAUACAAAUUUCGGCCCCUUCGACGCGACGCUCGACGACCACUCGACGCAGAAGGCGACCUACGACGGCGUCGCGCGCAACGUCGUCGAGCAGGCGCUGCGGGGUUUUCACGGGUGCGUGAUGGCCUACGGUGCUACUGGUUCCGGAAAGACCCAUGCCAUGGCUGGUGAGAGGGGCGACGCGGGCAUCGUGUCUCGUGCGAUAGCUCAGGUCUUCGCCGUGUCCGGUGCGGAGAGCGACGAGACGCACACGCGCGUGGAGUGCACGUACGUCGAGAUUUACCGGGAGCAGGUGCGCGACUUGCUCGUCGGCGACGCGGGCGCGUCCGAGAACGCCCUGCCGCCGCCACCUCAACAGCAGCGGGGCCGGGCGUUACAAGCCGGGAACCGCACGCCGCCACGCGCCAAGACGCCGCCGCGCGCGAAGACGCCCCCACCUCAAAAACAGCCGCGCAUCCGCGAGGACGAGCGGCGCGGCGUCUUCGUCGACGGCUGCACGCGGACGCGCUGCCGAAGCGCCGAGGAGUGCAUCGACGCGUUUCGAAUGGGGAGCCGCCGCCGGGCGGUCCGCGGCACGGCGAAGAACGACCGCUCUUCUCGCAGUCAUGCCGUCUUCACGCUGGAACUCACGCGAACUACUACAAGGGGCGCCGCGACGGUGACGCAGGCCUCGCGCCUGCAUCUCGUCGACCUGGCCGGGUCGGAGCGCGUCAAGGAGUCCAAGACGACGGGCGACGGGGUGAAGGAGGCGGGAAACAUCAACCAGAGCCUCAUGGUGCUUGGGAAUGUCGUCACCGCGUUAGAAGACAAGGCGUCGAAGCGCCGGAAAGGCGACAUUAAUGGAGCGGCUCGCGUCCACGUCCCGUAUCGCGACGCGAAGCUCACACGGCUGCUCCAGGACGCGUUAGGUGGCAACGCCUACGCGGCCAUCUUAUGUUGCGUGAGUCGCGCGGCGGCUGAUGCCUCGCACACGACGUCGACGUUGCGCUUCGCGUCUCGUUUGAAAUCGGUGACGACGGCGCCGCGCAAAAAUUUGGACCCCAAGGAUAUGGAGAUCCUGCGCCUGCGGCGCGAGAACGCGAAGUUGCGCGCGGCGCUGGUGGACGACGGGAUGCGGCUCUGAACGGUGUAAAGUUACAUACAAGACUA